GAACCGCACUUGAAAAAUUGAGUCCAGAGGAAGUUCUUCAGCGUGGACGCACCGAGAACUGCCAUUUGAUGCUCGGUUUGCUCUCUCCAUCUCCUACACUGGUUACCUCAUUUCCGAUUAAAUUAAGGAUCCCGACUUAGCUGUGAGAGGAGUUCGGGGGUCGUCCACGGGGGCCAGAGCCAGGUAGUUCCAGACGCAGAGCAGGUUUCCGGACCUGCAGGAGGAGAAAGGAGGGUAGGGAGGCCACCAGCCUCCCCAGGCAGUCAAGUGGCGGAGCCGUACAGGACCUGUUUCACUGCAGGGGGAUCCAAAACAAGCCCCUUGGAGCAGCAGCCAGAGCUACAGCAGCCGCAAGACACUGUUUCUCUCCCUCUGCCCCCCCUUCCCCACGCCACCCCAGAUCCAUUUACACUUUACAGAGCAUCGUGCAGCAAGUCACCAAGGCCGUCCGUUCAAACUGCAGCUUUGUCUGUCAUCCUUGUACAGCAGUGUCCUCCUGCACGGCCACUGCAGGGACGUGCACCACAUAUCAGCAUAUUGGAGCAAAAUGAAAGAGUUUAUUUUGAAGCCUCCAAACUAGUGCUGCUACAGACCAUGAGCAAGAGAGAAAGCGUGGACUUCAGCCUACACAACUGGUCUUGAAACACAAGUGGUUUGGGGUCUAGGCAUUUUACAUUGUUUCUACUGCCACCCUUUCUACUCAAGCAAAAUCCGUGUGAAAAGACCUGCUGGGAGAGAGCCGACUGCUUAUGUUUCUCCAUUGUGAUGAAAGCACAUGGUACAGUUUUCCAAAGAAAUUAGUGCGUUUUCUCCGUGCAGAGACGCAAGUCUGCUGUUUUCAUACGGUUUUUCUCACUUCUCUGUGAAAGAAGAAAGAACACGCCUGAGCCCAGGAGCACUCCAGCUUCUUGUGGGAAGUCUCCAUGGUGAAGGACGGCUGGGGCUCCCCGUGAACAGCGCACAGUGAAUGUUAUUCCAGAGCUGCCGCUGGCCGACCGCACCCACGGGGAGAUGAUUCCUCAUGAAGAGCCUGGAUCCCCUACAGAAAUCAAAUGUGACUUUCCGUUUAUCAGACUAAAAUCAGAGCCAGCCAGACAGUGAAACAGUCACCGUGGAGGGGGGACGGCGAAAAAUGAAAUCCAACCAAGAGCGGAGCAACGAAUGCCUGCCUCCCAAGAAGCGCGAGAUCCCCGCCACCAGCCGGCCGUCGGAGGAGAAGGCCGUCGCCCUGCCCAGCGACAACCACCGGGCGGAGGGCGUGGCAUGGCUCCCGGGCAACCCUGGUGGCCGAGGUCACGGGGGUGGGAGGCACGGCCCCGCGGGGACUUCGGUGGAGCUUGGUUUACAACAGGGGUUAGGUUUACACAAAGCGCUGUCCACGGGGCUGGACUACUCCCCACCCAGCGCGCCCAGGUCUGUCCCCGCGAGCAGCACGCUCCCCACGGCGUACCCCCCGCCGCAGUCAGGGACUCCGGUGUCGCCCGUGCAGUAUGCUCACCUGCCGCACACUUUCCAGUUUAUCGGGUCCUCCCAGUACAGCGGGCCCUACACGGGAUUCAUCCCUUCACAGCUGAUCUCCCCAACGGCCAGCCCCGUCACCAGUGCGGUGGCCUCUGCCGUGGGGGCCGCCACUCCGUCCCAGCGGUCCCAGCUGGAGGCCUAUUCCACUCUGCUGGCCAGCAUGGGCAGCCUGAGCCAGGCCUCGGCCCACAAGGCUGAGCAGCAGCAGCACUUAGGCAGGACGCCCGGGCUCAUCGCGCCAGGGUCCCCGCCACCCACCCAGCAGAACCAGUACGUCCACAUUGCCGGCUCUCCGCAGAACGCAGGGCGCUCGGCCUCUCCCCCGGCCGUCCCUGUCCACCUCCACCCCCACCCGACGAUGAUCCCACACACGAUCACCCUGGGGCCCUCCCCCCAGGUCGUAGUGCAAUACACCGACUCUGGCGGCCACUUUGUCGCUCGGGAGGCCACCAAGAAAGCCGAGAGCAGCAGGCUGCAGCAGGCCAUGCAGGCCAAGGAGAUGCUCAACGGGGAGAUGGAGAAGGGCCGGAGGUACGGGGCCCCCGCCUCGGCCGACCUGGGCCUGGCGAAGGCCGGCAGCAAGUCGGCGCCUCACCCCUACGAGUCCAGGCACGUGGUGGUGCACCCCAGCCCCUCCGAUUACGGCAGUCGGGACUCCGCAGGGGUGCGGGCCUCUGUGAUGGUCCUGCCCAACAGCAACACCCCCGUGCCCGACCUGGAAGUGCAGCCGGUCACGCACCGCGAGGCCUCCCCCUCGACCCUCAACGACAAAAGUGGCCUGCACUUGGGGAAGCCCGGGCAUCGGCCCUACGCGCUCUCACCCCAACAGGCUCUGGGCCCCGAAGGCGUGAAGGCCGCCGCCGUGGCCACGCUGUCACCCCACACGGUCAUUCAGACCACACACAGCGCUUCGGAGCCACUCCCAGUGGGACUGCCAGCCACAGCCUUCUACGCAGGGACCCAGCCGCCUGUCAUCGGCUACCUGAGCGGCCAGCAGCAGGCGAUCACAUACGCCGGCGGCCUGCCCCAGCACCUGGUCAUCCCCGGCACCCAGCCCCUGCUCAUCCCGGUUGGCAGUGCUGACGUAGAGGGAUCCGGAGCAGCCUCCGCGAUAGUCACGUCGUCGCCCCAGUUUGCAGCAGUGCCUCACUCGUUCGUCACCACCGCCCUUCCCAAGAGCGAGAACUUCAGCCCAGAGGCCCUGGUCAGCCAGGCCGCCUACCCGGCCAUGGUGCAGGCCCAGAUCCACCUGCCGCUGGUGCAGUCCGUGGCGUCCCCGGCGGCAGCUCCCCCGACGCUGCCCCCCUACUUCAUGAAAGGCUCCAUCAUCCAGUUGGCCAACGGGGAGCUGAAAAAGGUGGAGGACUUGAAAACGGAAGACUUCAUCCAGAGCGCCGAGAUCAGCAGCGACCUGAAGAUCGACUCCAGCACCGUGGAGAGGAUUGAGGACAGCCACAGCCCCGGCGUCGCUGUGAUCCAGUUCGCCGUCGGGGAGCACCGGGCACAGGUCAGCGUGGAGGUCUUGGUCGAGUACCCUUUUUUUGUGUUUGGACAGGGCUGGUCGUCCUGCUGCCCGGAGAGGACCAGCCAGCUCUUUGACUUGCCCUGCUGCAGACUCUCCGUCGGGGACGUGUGCAUCUCGCUGACCCUCAAGAACCUGAAGAACGGCUCGGUGAAGAAGGGCCAGCCCGCCGACCCGGCCAGCGUCCUGCUGAAGCACUCGAAGGCCGAGAGCCCGGCGGGCGGCAGGCCCCGGUGCGCCGAGCAGGAGAACGGCAUCGGCCGGGGGGGCGCGCAGCUGCUCGCCGAGAACGGCGAACUGAAGUUCCCAGAAAAAAUAGGAUUGCCCGCGGCGCCCUUGCUCCCCAAAACCGAGCCCAGCAAGCCCGCCGCGGCCCGGAAGAGGAGGUGGUCGGCGCCCGAGAGCCGCAAGCUGGAGAGGCCGGCCGACGAGCCCCCGCUGACUCUCCCCAAGCCUUCGCUAAUUCCUCAGGAGGUCAAGAUUUGCAUCGAAGGCCGGUCCAACGUAGGCAAGUAGCAGCGGCUGGGAGGCAGGGCGGCCCGUCUCCUUUGUAUCCAGAUUACUGUACUGUAGGCUAAGUAACACAGUAUUUACAUGUAUCCUCUCCCUUUAGGUUUCUGUUAUUACCUUGUCGUUAGAGUUACAGCUGGUGUUGCGCAGGAGACUGGUGCAUAUGCUUUUUCCAAGGGUGUCUGUCUG